GUCAUGUGAUUCAAGCUCACGUGUUUCUAGAGUCAGCUCCGGAACGACACCUACAAGGUCGACAAGAGUUCCCCGAGAUUAGAGGCCCUGAAGGGGCAGGCAUCCUCCCAGCUACCUCAGGAAUGUGGUCGUGAGGCAGAGCCCACAGCUUUUUGGGAGAAAAGUAGUCUUGGGCCAUGGCCCAGGUCAGCAUCAACAGUGACUACAGCGAGUGGGCCUCCAGCACUGAUGCUGGGGAGCGGGCCCGUUUGCUACAAAGUCCCUGUGUGGAUGUGGUCCCCAAGAGCGAGGGGGAGGCAUCUCCUGGAGAUCCAGACAGUGGCACCACUUCAACGCUUGGAGCUGUCUUCAUCGUGGUCAAUGCCUGCCUUGGUGCGGGUCUGCUCAACUUCCCAGCAGCCUUCAGCACUGCUGGGGGCGUGGCAUCUGGCAUCGCCCUACAGAUGGGCAUGCUGGUUUUCAUCAUCAGUGGACUGGUCAUUCUGGCCUAUUGCUCUCAAGCCAGCAAUGAGAGGACCUACCAGGAGGUGGUGUGGGCUGUGUGUGGCAAGCUGACUGGUGUGCUGUGUGAGGUAGCCAUCGCAGUCUAUACCUUCGGAACCUGCAUCGCCUUCCUCAUCAUUAUUGGGGACCAGCAGGACAAGAUUAUAGCUGUGAUGUCAAAGGAGCCUGAUGGGACAAGCAGCAGCCCCUGGUACACAGACCGAAAGUUCACCAUCAGCCUCACUGCCUUCUUCUUCAUCCUGCCUCUGUCCAUCCCCAAGGAGAUUGGCUUCCAGAAAUAUGCCAGCUUCCUGAGCGUCGUGGGCACCUGGUACGUCACUGCCAUUAUAAUCAUCAAAUACAUCUGGCCAGAUAAAGAGAUGCACCCUGGGGACAUCUUGACCAGACCAACGUCCUGGAUGGCUGUGUUCAACGCCAUGCCCACCAUCUGCUUUGGAUUUCAGUGCCAUGUGAGCAGUGUCCCCGUCUUCAACAGCAUGCGGCAGCCCGAAGUAAAGACCUGGGGCGGAGUGGUGACGGCCGCCAUGGUCAUAGCUCUGGCUGUCUACAUGGGCACAGGCAUCUGUGGCUUCCUGACUUUCGGAGCUGCUGUGGAUCCCGACGUGCUCCGGUCCUACCCCUCAGAGGACGUGGCUGUGGCCGUGGCCCGAGCCUUCAUCAUCCUGAGUGUACUCACCUCCUAUCCCAUCUUGCACUUCUGUGGGCGGGCUGUGGUGGAAGGCCUGUGGCUGCGCUACAAGGGGAUCCCGGUGGAGGAGGACGUGGGCCGGGAGCGCCAGCGCCGGGUCCUGCAGACGCUGGUGUGGUUCCUACUCACCCUGCUACUGGCGCUCUUUAUCCCUGACAUUGGCAAGGUCAUCUCGGUCAUCGGAGGCCUGGCAGCCUGCUUCAUCUUCAUCUUCCCAGGGCUGUGCCUCAUUCAAGCCAAACUAUCAGAAAUGGAAGAGGUCAAACCUGCCAGCUGGUGGGCACUGGUCAGCUAUGGAGUCCUUCUGGUCACCCUGGGAGCCUUUAUCUUUGGCCAAACCACAGCCAAUGCCAUCUUUGUGGACCUCUUGGCCUGAACACUGCUUCACCAAAAACAUAUGACCAGAGCCAUCUCUCAGAACUGUGGAGCUGCCCAAGUCCCACGUCCUGUUCCAGCUAGUGAGAUGAGAUGACAGAGCCAUCUCUCAGAGCUGUGGAGCUGCCCAAGUCCCACGUCCUGUUCCAGCUAGUGAGAUGAGAUGACAUGUGGACACCUUUUCCCCUGGACAGUCAUGAGACAAUCAGCCGCAAAUCUGUGGACAGCUCCCACCCAGCUGCCUUGCUUCUCGAUGGGGGUCCCAUAUCACAGGAGCUUCCCCUUUGUCUGGCUCUCAACUUCAAGCCUUUGAGACUUGACAAUGGAGAGGGUCAGUGGAUCUCAGAAGACAGAGUCUAUUCUGACUUCCCUCUGGAAAAAGAACAAAAAUUCAUAUGCAUAGAGCUGGCAUCCUCCAUGGAGCAUGUCAGGACUGUGCUCAGUACCUCGGGGUUCAGUGCCUGCCCAUGUCUCUCAGAAGCCAGUGACAGCUUCUCCUGGGACCUGGCAACUUCCAAAGGUGAUGCUGACAUCAGAUAAAUGUCCAUUCCUCUCUUGGUCCCCUAUGAGUCUCUGGUAGCUUCCCAGGUCCCUACCCUGACUUUGUCCAAACCUAAUAGUCCAUGUUGUGUAUGCUUCUGCUGUGUUCCCAGACAUCACCAAGUCUAAUGUUUACAAACGGUGCCAGCCUGGCUCCGGAGCUAGGGGCUGCCAUGCCAUGGUGCUGUGAGCACUCCUCCGUUAGCUUUUUGCAUGGGCAGAGAGUCUAUUGUCUUUUUGAGAUCCUAGAUAGGCCUGUCUUUUCAGAGGUUGGAGUAGGACCUUUUAGAUUAUCCUUCCAGGCUGGGCUGCCCAAGGUCUAGGUGACAUUCCAGCUCCGUUGCUUCACUCCUCUUCACACACUUCAAGCCUGUCCUCUCCCCACGUGAAACCUAGCCCCAGAACCCAGAGGGAAGUUAGACUGAGGACCCUGGAUAUUUUCCUUAUUGUCUCCGUCUUCCCCCAUUCCCACACUCCCAUCCCUCCCCCCCCCCCAACCCUACCUCUUCUCUUUCUUCAUGCAUGGGUUUUGUUAUUUGGUGGGGGAGGCUGUGUCACCAGACCCUGUCACACCAGUUUGCCUGGCUCCACAGAUCUGUCAAGCCUGGCCUCUGUGUCUAGGAGUCCUGCUGAGUCAUAUCCACCCCAGGUGAGGUCAGCCUAUGGACUUCUCUAUCUUGACUGCCGUAGCCUCGAAUCUACCCCUGCUCACUCUUCUAAGUCCCAGGUACAGAAUUGGUCCUUCUAAAUCUAUUCUGUCUAAAACACCUAUCCUAGGAGCGAAAGGGACCCUUACCAGCAGACCCCCACCUCCAACUCAGGUCAGUCCUGUCGAGGCAGGAGGCUCAGUGUCUAGACUUGCUGGAUUGUUCUUUUCCCAUCCAUCCCUGGUACUUCUGGUCCUGCUACACUGUUUAACCCCACAAGCCUCCAAGUUUUGCCUGUCACAGUGGCCAAUCAUAAAGUUGGGCAUAGCACAGAGACAGGCUAGCUGGAACAGUUGGCUAGAACCCAGCUUCAGCUUGAGCUCAGGACCUCCUGCCUCCUCGUCCUUUGCCCUCUGUAUCCAUUUUCUUGCUGGUUCUUUUCUACUCAAGCACACUUGGAGAUGGAAGUGGUUAAUAAAGGGACUUGUACUGCUAAA